AUGGAGAAUGAAUUGACGGAGAAUCCGUUUCGUCCGCAAGAAACUUUGUUUCAUGAAGUUGACCCGAUCGUUGAGGCAUAUAAACGAAAGCCUUAUCCACCAUCGUUACCGGGCUCACAGAAUACAACACCAGUGAAAACUGCCAAUCAAGCAUAUUUAAAUGGUAAGUUUAAUUCCUACAACAAAUUAUUUUUUGACGUUUUAACUCAUACCAGUAUCUCACCAACAGCACUGAUUGCUGAUAAGGAACUGGAAAAACCGAUGAUAGCAGAUUCAGCAGCGCUCACCUCAUCAACACCGUUGAUGAGCAACGAUGAUCGGCCUUUGGAGGAUGGUGGUGACGAUUUGCCGAAAGCGCGACACGUCGAAUGUGUACGCAUCGAAAAGAAAAAGUGCGGUUGUUGCUCUGUACAGUAG